AUGGCCGCCUUCAGCGCGGCCGACGAUGAUGGUAAGUCCCGCCUGCCUGAUUUGGUGAUCCACGCGUUGUACCGACCACCACCACCAUGGCAUGCAGACGGCAUGCCCCCGCUCGUCGACGCCCCCCUCCCGCCGAUGACAUUUACAUUUGCGACGGACAUGACCCCAAUCAGCAUCACCGCGGCUCCGUCUGGCUACGAGAUGCCCGCGGAGGACACAGCGUCCGAGUUCUCCAUCUACUCUCCACCGACCUCGCCCACCCUCGGUGCCAUCCGCGUCUCGCACGCAAAGAAGAGGGAUGCGUCCUACAUCCCGCGCCCCCCGAACGCGUUCAUCCUCUUCAGGUCGUCCUUCAUCCGCGCCCAGCACAUCCCGGGCAAGAUCGAGGGAAAUCACAGCGCCUUGUCAAAGAUCAUCGGCAAGUACUGGAAGGCCCUGCCUCGCGAAGAGCGGGAGGUGUGGGAGGCAAAGGCCAUCGUCGCGCAGGCGGAGCACCGCAAGAAGUACCCCGACUGGCGCUUCAGGCCCGGCGCGAACGCACUCGCCAAGGUGAAGGAUGGACCGAAGAGGAGGAGUAACAGGAAGGGGAGGGGAGAGGCGGAGAAGGAGGAACGCAAUCGCGAUCAGAGGUGCGCCAAAAUAGCAGAUUUGCUGGUAGCGGGCAAGACAGGAUCCGACCUCGAGGCCGCGAUACAAGCGUACGACAGUGCCGUAGGCUUCGAGUCAAAGGUCGAGUCAAAGGUCAAGAAAGAGGUCUGCGCGACCCUCCAAGCCCCAAUGCGCGUCGAAGGCGAUCCGCCGAGUCUGGCGCGUGCGGCCCCUCAGGUCCAUCCUGAAGGCACUUACAGACGCGUCAGCGCGUCAGGUCACCGCUCAAAGACUCCAGAUGGCGCGUCGGACGCUCGCUUCAAGGUCCCGCUCACCGCCAUGUUCAAGCGCUCCUCAUCCGCACCCGCGCAUUCCCGCAACAACAGCGUGCAGUUCGACGGUGCCUACGGAGACAAUCUUCGCAGCGUCCAGCCUGCUCCACCCUCGCUCCUCGCAUCUCCCAAUGCAGAGUACAAUUUUUCGCCCACGCGCGGACACGAGGGACAGCCUCGUGCAGGAAGUUUUCCCGCUCCCGCUCCGGAUGACGCCACGAGCACGGUGCGCUUCGAUGGCAUGUCUGCGGCGCAGGUGUCCUUGCCGGUGCCGCUCAGUUCGGAGCACCCUCACGGGUUCGGAGAUAAUGCUGCGCUGUGGAACGAGGCGUACGCGAGCAGUCCUGUCCCGUCAGACUGUUGGAGUCCUCCGCUGUCUGCGUUCGAGGCGGACGUCGAAGGCGUGUCAAGUCCCAUCCAGUCCCCGCUCUCGCCCGCUUCCAACCUCGGCGAGGGGGAUUGCGCUGCGAAUUUUGCGGUAACUUCGCCGUUCAUGGAUCCCUUUGAGAGGUAUCAGGUGCCUGUGUGCUCGUCCUACUCGUCGCUGAAGGGCUGGGACGGAGACGCGCUGCCGCAGUGUACCCCGGGCCAGACGUUCUUGGCGGUUCCGUCCGUGUUCCCUCCGUUCGCGGGCGCGAUGGGCAUGAAGGACGCCUUCGGAGCCGAUAUCUUUCCUGCGGACGCCAGUUGGCAGGGCAAGAUUGGUGUCGGCGUCGUCACGCACGAGCAUGCGUUUUGUCAGUGGGACAGUCCGAGCGAUCUCAUGGAUUUCCAGCAGUUUGUGCCGGGUCUGCAGGAGGUUGAUGGUCGCCUGGACAACCGUUUCUAUUACUAUUGA